AGAUGUCAUUGUGCUCCCUUUUUCUCUGCUGUGGAAGAUGGUUCUUCUAGACCCGCAUUUACGUGAACUACAGGAGGUGUCCAGGACUGAAAUGAAUUUAACCAUUGUAGCCAGGUCUGAAGACUCUCAGGAACAGCUGGCUAAUAAUUCUGGAUAGAGAUAAGUUCUUAUAGAAGUCCUCUCCUCUGUCUGAUGACACGGGAACAUACAAUUAUGAAUCCAAAAGACUCACUGGAAGAGACCGAAGGAAGCUCUGCUCCAAUAUGUUUGGCCUGUGGCCAAAGGCAUCUUCCAGAAGAGAACCAUAUAUACACCUACACAGAAGAGGUAGAUGAUGACCUAAUCUGCCACAUUUGCUUGCAGCCUUUGCUUCAGCCUCUGGACACACCCUGCGGACACACGUACUGUACAGUUUGCCUUACAGAUUUCCUCGUGGAAAAAGAUUUCUGCCCUAUGGACCGCAAAGCUCUAGCUCUACAGAGGUGCAGGAAGUCAAGCAUCCUAGUGAAUAAGCUCCUCGAUAAGCUAAUGGUGAACUGUCCUUUCACAGAACACUGUUCAGAAAUUGUACAACGCUGUAAUCUUGAACAUCAUUUUCAGAAUGGGUGCAAAGGGGCAUCUCAUUAUGGCUUCACCAAGGAGAGGAAGAGGUGCCCCCCAGCGGGAUCUCCAGAUUUGAAUGCUGCUUUAACAGGGUCGGCUUGUGAAUCCGAUUUCUCUGCUGCUGCCACAAUUGCCUUAAUGACAGAUGAACCAGGGCUAAUUAAUCCUGCUUUCAAUGCCAACUUUGAGGACAUCCCACCAAGAACCAACUCCACCAAUCUUUAUAUAAGCCAGCAACCUAGAACCGCAACUUCACAAUUUGAGCGUUCUACCGUACGAAGCAGGUCUUUUAAAAAGAUAAACAGAGCUCUCAAUGCCCUUCGAAGGACAAAAAGUGGCAGCACUGUGGCUAACCAUGAUGAACGGGAACGAGAAAACAUUGAAAAUCUGAUUGCUUCAGAGGCAGCCUCUCCAAGGUUAUAUCAUCUCAUUCCAGAUGGUGAAAUUACCAGCCUUAAGAUCAACCGCAGGAAUCCCCACGAAGCUCUUGCCAUUCGAGUCGUGGGGGGCAGCGAAACGCCUUUGAUUCACAUCAUCGUUCAACACAUCUAUCGAGACGGCAUCAUUUUCAAAGAUGGGAGGCUACUUCCGGGAGAUAUGAUCUUGAAGGUCAACGGCAUAGAUAUCAGAAACGUGCCUCACGGCUAUGCCUUGUUCGUCCUGAGGCAACCUUGUCAAGUUCUCCGUCUGACUGUGCUCAGAGAGCAAAGGUACCAGUGUGUGAAUGCUAGACUUAUUCCUGAGGUUCCUUGCCACAGGGAUGAGAAUUUGCACAUUAUUCUGAACAAAAGCAACCCAGAGCAACAGCUGGGAAUCAAGUUGAUCCGUAAGGCCAACCAAGAUGGAGUUUUUGUGUUCAACCUGCUGGAAGGAGGCCUUGCAGCCCGUGAGGGGGAACUUCGAGAGAACGAUAAGGUUUUAGCCAUUAACGGGCACGACUUACAGCACGCAAGUCCGGAAUGCGCAGCCCAAUUAAUACAGGCUAGCAAGAAGCAGGUUCACUUCAGCAUUUCCAGGCAAACCAGGAGACAGACCCCAGAUAUCUUGCAGGAAACUGGCUGGGAUUGCCACGGUAGCCACCUGCCCUUCCUUGCUGACAAGAGUGUCCUCCAUGCAGUUACCUGUCACGAAAAAGUGGUCAUUGUCCGAAAGGAUAAUCUAGAGUCUCUGGGGAUGACGGUGGCAGGAGGACUAUCUUCUCACAGAGAAUGGAAUCUACCUAUUUAUGUUUUAAGUGUUGAACCCGGUGGAGUCAUCAGCAGAGAUGGCCGAAUAAAGACAGGACAUAUCCUGCUCAGCGUGAAUGGAAUUGAUCUGACAGGUGUCAGUCGCGGAGAGGCGGUAGCCCAUCUGAAAAAUGUCUCCUCAUCGGUUGUGUUCAAAGCACUAGAACUGAAAGCCUGUGAGAUCACGGAAGGAGAAAACGGGGACUUAUUGCCCGAUGCCAAUUUGAACCCCUCCAGUCAGAGUGAGUGGUCUCCUUCCUGGGUGAUGUGGCUUGAAUUACCAAGGUCUUUGUACAGCUGCAAAGAAAUUGUGUUGCGAAGAAAUACAGCAGGAAGCCUUGGCUUCAGUAUAGUGGGAGGCUAUGAAGAAAACAGUGGAAACAAGCCGUUUUUUAUCAAAUCCAUUGUGGAAGGGACUCCAGCAUAUAAUGAUGGAAGAAUCAGGUGCGGUGACAUGCUCCUUGCAGUGAACGGCAGGAAUAUCUCAGGAAUGGCGCAUGCCUCUUUGGCAAGGAUGCUAAAAGAACUGAAGGGGAAACUUACUCUCACUAUUGUAUCCUGGCCCGGCACCUUUUUAUAAAGAUGUGUUUCAACUGGAAACAAACGGAUUCCUAUGUACUUUUUUUUUGUAUCAAAGUGUAAAUGUGCAUUAUAUAAGUAGAAGAGUCUUAAAAUGCUCCAUAGUACUUGUUUGUGGGGGGUAAAAAAACUCAUGUCCUCUUAAAACUAUGGAAAGCUACUGGUGUAAAUCAAAGCACACAACAUAGAUAGGUAUAUAUCUAUGUUUCACCUGCUCUUUAGAUAAAGAAGGAAACAACUUUACCUAAUUUGAAAGUGAUUUCAGAAACAUCGAAAUAAUAAAAUGCUUUUCUAAUGAUUAUCCUGACAGCAUCUAUGAAAGAUGUUAGAAGGCUGGCUGAUGAAUCUAUUAAUUUUCCUUUUUGUGCUCAGUAAAAGCAGUCUUUUUUUAAGAUAUUUUUUUUUCUAAUAUAUUAUAAUUGUGUUUUAUUUCUACUAUUUAAUUAAUUGUAAUUUGUAAAGCCAGAUUAAUUUAAUUUUAAAAAGGACAAAAAUACUCAAUUUUGCAUGAAACUUUCUGAUUCAUGAAAUCAAACCAUUUCAUUGUUUUACUCGGUUUUUAUCCUUCCAUUCUGGGUUGGGCUCUU